UCAUAGGCAUAUUUGGGGGGAGAAACUUUAUUUUCGAAGGAAACUCUAUUACUUUUAUUCUUAGAAAAAGAAAAAAAACUGCUGUCAAAGAAGCUUUCAUAUUACCUGUUCUCUAACUUUUUUCCUCCAUCCUAAACAUGUGGACUUUUCUUGGGAUAGCGAGCUUCACAUAUCUCUAUAAAAAAUCGAAUACGUUUUUGAGUUAUGCUCAAAAAGAGCUCGUGAUGGCCGCGGUCUUACUGCUGACUUUCGGGCUGAUAGUACAGUAUGUCAGAUAUUUUCAUGGCCAAAAGCUCACAGCUUCAAAGGUGUUUCAUUUGCCCCUGACGCUCUUCUCUCUCUUACCUGGAAUCAACAACUUUUUCCCCCAAACUUCAACAGAGUGGAACGAGGGAGCAGCCACCAGUUUAAAGAGCCAGAUAACAAGGAAAAGAGCAAAAGAAGAGUCCCUAACGUCACAGAGUGCCUUAGAAAGUUGCCCACCAGAGACCCCAGGACCUGAUGUGGUGAUAGUUGGGGCCGGGGUCCUGGGCUCAGCUAUGGCAGCUGUCCUAGCCCGCGAUGGAAGGAGGGUAACGGUGGUGGAGAGGGACCUGAAGGAGCCUGACAGGAUCGUAGGAGAACUUCUACAGCCUGGAGGAUAUAAAGCACUGAAAGAGCUUGGACUCGAAGGAUCGGUGGAGGAUAUAGAUGCUCAUCUGGUCAAUGGCUAUGUGAUCCAUGACAUAGAAAGCAGUACAGAGGUGGAGAUCCCCUAUCCUCAGAAGGAGGACAGCAUCCAGUGUGGACGUGCCUUCCAUCAUGGUCGUUUCAUCAUGGGCCUCAGGAGAACUGCACAAGCUGAACCAAAUGUUAUGUUCAUGGAAGGCACAGUGACCCGUUUGCUGGAAGAAGAUGGCUGUGUUACAGGAGUCCAGUACAAGGAUAAAGAAAGUGGAGAGCUCAAGGAAAUCAAUGCAGCGCUGACUGUAGUCGCUGAUGGCUGUUUCUCCAAAUUCAGAAAAAGUCUUGUCUCAGGAAAAGCUCUCACCUCUUCUCACUUUGUUGGAUGCCUUAUGAAAGACUGUCCCCAGUUUAAAGCCAACCAUGCAGAGCUAGUACUUGCCCAUCCGAGCCCAGUACUUAUCUACCAGAUAUCAUCCUCACACACCAGAGUCCUUGUGGACAUCAGAGGGGAGAUGCCUCGCUGCCUGCCAGAUUACAUGACUGAGAAGAUAUACCCUCAGCUGCCAGAGCAUUUAAAGGAACCCUUCAUGUCAGCCCUUCAAAACGAUCGACUCAGGUCCAUGCCUGCCAGCUUCCUCCCUCCCUCGCCCAUCAGCAAACCAGGUGUGCUUCUCUUGGGCGAUGCUUACAACAUGAGGCAUCCUCUCACAGGAGGAGGAAUGAGCGUUGCUCUCAAUGACGUUCUCAUCUGGAGGAAUCUGCUCAACAACAUACCAGAUCUUCACGAUGACAGAGAGAUGUUGCAGGCAAAGAAAAAAUUCCACUGGAAACGCAAGUCAUCACAUUCUUUUGUGGUGAAUGUUUUAGCCCAGGCCCUGUAUGAGCUGUUUGCUGCCACUGACAAUUCUCUUUAUGAGCUGAGAAAAGCCUGCUUCCAGUACUUCAAGCUUGGUGGAGAGUGCAUCGCUGGACCAAUUGGACUACUCUCUGUGUUGUCUCCUAAACCCAUGACCCUUAUUGGACACUUCUUUGCUGUGGCGCUGUAUGCAAUCUACUUCAACUUCAAGUCCGAGUCCUGGAGCACCAAACCCCGGGCUUUAUUGAAGAGCGGAGCCAUCCUUUACCGUGCCUGCACAGUCAUGUUUCCACUCAUCUACUCUGAACUGAAGUACAUGGUGUACUGAGGAGGCCUACAUCUCAACACAGACGGACCAAAAUGAAAAAAGAGAUUGGAAUUAAUCUCUUUUUAUGGAUUCUUCAUACAAAUGCAGGGACAUGAUGUUUUUAUUUCAUCUGAACUGUGUGUAGUCCCAGUCCAAUUUUUCCACAGUGGAUCUCAAGGCCUUUGUUGAAUGCAGGAAAGGUUUGCGUAAUAAAAAAUGUUUCUAUAAUCUGUGUACAUAUUUCUAAACAGUUCAAGUGCCGAUGUUGUCUCUCACCUCCUACUCAAAACUUGAUUUACUGCUGCACAUUGAGAAAGUCCUUCCAAAGCAGUGGAGAGUGGUCGAGAUGGGAUGCAUUUGCCCUUGGAGACUUUUUACACACCAUAAGGAAUGUCAGCAGUCUAUUUGUAAAAUUUCUACUGCAGAUACUAUGUUGUUGGAUAAUUAUAAACAUUUGUAUCAUGAUGAGUACAGUAAUUCCUGCUAUGCAUUUUUUAACAUUCUUUGUAUUCAUAUGUAUUAAAUGUUUGGGAUACAGAGUGAAUGCAGAAAUGACAAUAACUAAACAAGA